GGGAGGUCCCGGGGGAGGAUGGAGCAGUGAGCGGGUCUGGGCGGCUGCCGGCAGCGCCAUGGAGACGGUGCAGCUGAGGAACCCGCCGCGCCGGCAGCUGAAAAAGUUGGAUGAAGAUAGUUUAACUAAACAACCAGAAGAAGUGUUUGAUGUCUUAGAGAAACUUGGAGAAGGGUCCUAUGGCAGUGUAUACAAAGCUAUUCACAAAGAGACCGGUCAGAUUGUCGCGAUUAAGCAAGUUCCUGUGGAAUCAGAUCUGCAGGAGAUAAUCAAAGAAAUCUCUAUAAUGCAGCAAUGUGACAGCCCUCAUGUAGUCAAAUAUUAUGGCAGUUAUUUUAAGAAUACAGACUUGUGGAUUGUUAUGGAGUACUGCGGGGCUGGUUCUGUGUCUGAUAUCAUUCGAUUACGAAAUAAAACGUUAACAGAAGAUGAGAUAGCUACAAUAUUACAAUCAACGCUUAAGGGACUGGAAUACCUUCAUUUUAUGAGGAAAAUACACCGAGAUAUCAAGGCAGGAAAUAUUUUGCUAAAUACAGAAGGACAUGCAAAACUUGCAGAUUUUGGGGUAGCAGGUCAACUUACAGAUACCAUGGCCAAAAGGAACACAGUGAUAGGAACACCAUUUUGGAUGGCUCCAGAAGUGAUUCAGGAAAUCGGAUACAACUGUGUGGCAGACAUCUGGUCAUUGGGAAUAACUGCCAUAGAAAUGGCUGAGGGAAAGCCACCAUAUGCCGAUAUCCACCCAAUGAGGGCGAUCUUCAUGAUUCCUACCAACCCUCCCCCCACAUUUCGAAAGCCAGAACUGUGGUCCGAUAACUUCAUGGAUUUUGUGAAGCAGUGUCUUGUAAAGAGCCCUGAGCAGAGAGCCACAGCCACUCAACUCCUACAGCACCCAUUUGUCAAGAGUGCCAAGGGAGUGUCCAUACUGCGUGACUUAAUUAACGAGGCCAUGGAUGUGAAGCUGAAACGCCAGGAAGCCCAGCAGCGGGAGGUGGACCAGGAUGACGAGGAGAACUCUGAGGAGGAUGAGAUGGACUCCGGCACGAUGGUUCGAGCAGCAGGUGAUGAGAUGGGCACCGUCCGGGUAGCCAGCACCGUGAGUGAUGGAGCCAGCACUAUGAUCGAGCACGGGGACACGUUGCCGUCACAGCUGGGCACCAUGGUGAUCAACGCAGAGGACGAGGAAGAAGAAGGGACCAUGAAAAGAAGGGAAGAAACCAUGCAGCCUGCCAAACCAUCUUUCCUUGAAUACUUUGAACAAAAAGAAAAGGAAAAUCAGAUCAACAGCUUCGGCCAGAGUGUACCUGGUCCCCUGAGGAACUCCUCAGAUUGGAAAGUGCCGCAGGAUGGAGACUAUGAGUUUCUUAAGAGUUGGACAGUGGAGGACCUUCAGAAGAGGCUCCUGGCCCUCGACCCCAUGAUGGAGCAAGAGAUUGAAGAGAUCCGGCAGAAGUACCAGUCCAAGAGGCAGCCGAUCCUGGACGCCAUUGAGGCUAAGAAGCGGCGGCAACAGAACUUCUGAGGGAGGCCUGGAGCACCCGCCCGCACACCAGCCGUGGGUGAACUCGGGCUGCUCGCCGCUCGGGCUUGGUAGCCGACACCCCUGCCCCGUCAUUUCUCCACAGCACCUUCACCUUCGUGAGCUCAGGAAGUGCGCCAGUGGGAAGGGCUGCCUGCCAUCAGCGUGCCACCUUGUGUAUGUAUUUCAGUUGGUCAGUGAUAUUAUUUCAAAGGAUUCAUAUCGGCGCUUUUAAACUCAAGAGUUUUAAACCCCAGGAACAGAAACUCCAGGAUGAGUGAUAGCUGGGAAAGUGUUACAUGUUGUCUUGUCUUUCUUCUCCCAAUAGCUUUCGAUUGUUCUUUCUGGAAGACUUUUUAAAAAUAUAUAAAUAUGCACAUAUAUAUAAAUUAUAAUGGGAUUCCCCACUGAGUGUGGUGGCAUCUCUGUACAGGUACAGUUUUAAGCAGUUGGCCUCUUUUCUGUAAGAUUAUGGUACUGUGGGGCAGGGGGGCAGGGGGCGCCGGGAGGCUGUUGGGGUCACUCUGCUCCCAGGACCCAACCUCACCCUUCUGCAGGGCUGCAUUUAAAAAUUAGGUUUGGGCCAGUUCUUCCCCAUGGUUUCAGCCUUGUGUGGGUCAUGUCUGGCUUCUGGAGCUGUGGACCAUGUCCAAGGGAAAGCCUUGAGAAUCUGUGUUUACUUCUUGAGCCCCAGGAGAAGCCUGGCAUCCUCUUUGCAAACUGCCCCUCGUGGCUUCAACGCCUUCUGUCCAUCUGCACUCUCCCAACCACCUAGAGUCACAGCACAGUUACUGCCCAGUGCCUUAAGAGGAGACGUGACCCAGUGCGGGGACAGGCCUGCCAGGACCUCUCCACACACACAGGGCUGUGUGCAGUCCGCAGAACGCAGAAGGGAAAGUGUGUCCAGAGUUCUCGUUGUUCAUGCGAAGAUCGCACAGGGGCAUUUUGCUCCGCCUUCUUCACAGACAGGGGUAGAGGGCAUUGCUUUUAUGAUCACAUUCCAAUAUGUGACUGUUUUCUUUUUGCUUUUACUGCUGAGGGAUCUGGAAAGGAUACAUGAAUAUCAGACUGAGAUCUCUUCCCCAGGAGGCUCCGUGCAGGCCCACAGAAUGCUAGAGCUGGAAGGGGCCCUAAGGCAUCGUCUGGCCUGACUGAGGCUCGGAGAGGGGAAGUGACAGGGUGACCAAAUCACAAAGCAAGUUGAGGUAGGGGCUGGGACGAGACCAGAGCUCCUCGCUCCUGGGCCACUGAUCCAAGCAUUCCUUUCCCCGAGGGGAGAAACCUGUGUCCAUUUGGGUCAGGUUGUCCCAAGGACCCUACCGAGGGAAGCUUGCUUGGGCUUGGUCUCUUCCGUGGAUGACCGUGGUGGGACCCCCCCGGAGAGCCAGGUGGCUCAGGCUCGGCCAGUCUGCGACUCUGCGGCCUCUGGCAGACAACGGACAGUGCCAUGCAGGCGAUCUCGGGCGUCAGGCAGAUCAGAGGGCUUCCCAAACCACAACACUGAGCCAUCCCUCUGCAGCAUGACGUGUGGUCGCACAGCAAAGAGGAGACAGUGAGGAAAGGCAAAUGUCUGCUUAUUUUUUAACAUCUCUUCCCCUUAGGUGGGGGGGUCCUGAUUCAGCUGCACCUAAAGAUAGGGUAAUUUGACUCCAUAAUUGCUUUUGCUUCCCAAACCUGAAAA